GUGACUUUCAGGAGCUCGUCUAACUCCAGCUCUCCAGCCAGAAGUCCGCAGCCCGUCCGCGACGCCUCUGCCCACCAUGCGCCCUGCGUCCCGCGCCCCACGCCCAGCGAUGCUCGCCCGCGCCCUGCUGCUCAGCGUGGUCUUGGCGCUCAGCGCUGCAGCAAAUCCUUGCUGUUCCAACCCAUGUCAAAACCGAGGGGAAUGUAUGAGCAUAGGAUUUGACCAGUACGAGUGUGACUGUACCCGGACUGGAUUCUAUGGAGAGAACUGCUCCACACCUGAAUUUCUUACAAGAAUAAAAUUGCUUCUAAAGCCCACUCCAAACACAGUACACUACAUACUUACCCACUUCAAGGGAGUCUGGAACAUCGUCAAUAACAUUCCCUUCCUGCGGAAUUCAAUUAUGAAAUAUGUGUUGACGUCCAGAUCACAUUUGAUUGACAGUCCGCCAACUUACAAUGCACACUAUGGCUACAAAAAUUGGGAAGCCUUCUCUAACCUCUCCUACUAUACCAGAGCCCUUCCUCCUGUAGCCGACGACUGCCCAACUCCCAUGGGGGUGAAAGGGAAGAAGGAGCUUCCUGAUUCAAAAGAGGUUCUGGAAAAAGUUCUCCUAAGAAGAAAGUUCAUCCCUGACCCACAAGGCACAAAUAUGAUGUUUGCAUUCUUUGCCCAACACUUUACCCAUCAGUUUUUCAAGACAGAUCAAAAACAAGGACCUGCCUUUACCAAAGGACUGGGCCAUGGGGUGGACUUAAGUCAUGUUUAUGGUGAAACCCUAGACAGACAGCACAAACUGCGUCUUUUCAAGGAUGGAAAAAUGAAAUAUCAGAUAAUUGAUGGAGAGGUGUAUCCCCCCACAGUCAAGGACACUCAGGUAGAGAUGAUCUACCCGCCUCAUAUCCCUGAGCAUCUGCGAUUUGCCGUGGGGCAUGAGGUCUUUGGUCUGGUGCCUGGUCUCAUGAUGUAUGCCACAAUCUGGUUGCGGGAACACAACAGAGUAUGUGAUGUGCUUAAACAGGAGCACCCUGAGUGGGAUGAUGAGCGGUUAUUCCAGACUACCAGGCUCAUACUGAUAGGAGAGACGAUCAAGAUUGUGAUCGAAGACUACGUACAGCACUUGAGCGGCUAUCACUUCAAACUGAAGUUUGAUCCUGAGUUGCUGUUCAACCAACAAUUCCAGUACCAAAACCGGAUCGCUGCAGAGUUUAACACACUCUACCACUGGCAUCCUCUGCUGCCUGACACCUUCCAGAUAGAUGAGCAGGAGUACAACUUUAAACAGUUUCUCUACAACAACUCCAUCCUGAUAGAACACGGACUUACCCAGUUUGUGGAGUCGUUCACCAGGCAAAAUGCUGGCAGGGUGGCUGGUGGGAGGAAUGUUCCACUUGCUGUACAAACAGUGGCAAAGGCGUCCAUUGACCAGAGCAGAGAGAUGAAAUACCAGUCUCUGAACGAGUACCGCAAACGCUUCUCACUGAAGCCCUAUGCAUCGUUUGAAGAACUUACAGGAGAGAAGGAAAUGGCUGCAGAGCUGGAAGCCCUUUAUGGUGACAUUGAUGCUAUGGAGCUCUAUCCUGCCCUUCUGGUAGAAAAGCCUCGUCCAGAUGCUAUAUUUGGGGAGACCAUGGUAGAAAUGGGAGCACCGUUCUCCUUGAAAGGCCUUAUGGGUAACCCCAUCUGCUCUCCUCAAUACUGGAAGCCGAGCACUUUUGGGGGAGAAGUAGGUUUUAAAAUCAUCAACACUGCCUCAAUUCAGUCUCUCAUCUGCAAUAACGUGAAAGGCUGUCCUUUUACUUCGUUCAGUGUUCAGGAUUCCCAACUCACCAAAACAGCCACCAUCAAUGCCAGCUCUUCCCACUCCAGACUGGAGGACAUCAAUCCCACAGUGCUACUAAAAGAACGUUCGACAGAAUUGUAGAAGUCUAUUGAUCAUAUUUAUUUAUUUAUAUGAACAAUCUCUUUUUAAGUUAAUUAUUUAAUAUUUAUACUAACUGCCUUAUGUUACUUAACAUCUUCUAUAACAGAAGGCAGUAGUCUUCUUGAGGAGAAAGGGUUAUGGUUGUAAAGAUUUCUGUGUGACUCAUUCUGUUUUAUAAACCAGUGAGAAAUGAGUUUUGACAUCUUACUUGAAUUUCUAUUUAUACAAUGUUUUAACAAGAACACAAGCAAAGCUGUUUGAACACUUGAAUGUGUUACAAGUUGGUGAAAUGCUGCAAAUGUCUAUACUGUCCCUAUUUCCAAUGUAUCUUUCAUGAUGCAUUAGAAGCAAUUAAGUUUGCAUUAAGAACUUUUGGGCAUUUAUCUGUCACCAAACUACCCAAAAAAAGGGUACAAGUGCAUUUUUAAACAAAUUUUUAAAGGAGACUAAAACAAUCACUUCAUGUUUUUGUUAAAGCAGGCUUGAAACCAUAAUUUGAAAUUUCUAAAUUCACUUUUGAAAGCUUAUUUUAUUUCUCAGACUAAAGUUAUUAAACUUGUACCCACAUAAAGAAGUUCUCACAGAUUUUAAAUACCUAAAAUCAGGAAAAACUAUACUACAACUGCUGCUUAAAAUAUUGUAUGAGAUUUUGCUUUUUCACUAGGGAGUGAAAAUCUAUUGGAUGUGAUUGUUAUGACUUCCUUUUAAAUCAAAUGCCACUGUGCCAAGGUGGUAGAACCACUGUACUACUACCUUAAAAUAAGGAUUUUCUUUUCCUUAAUAAAAGAUUUCAGAAUUUGUUUAUAUUUACAAACAAAAUCUGUAGCAGCAAAACCAAAAAUCUAUUUCUACAUUAGAAACAAAGAAUAAGAAGAAUUCCAAAUUAAAGUUCAACUUUGGUUUUAAACUUUUGAAGGAGACUAUCUUUCCCUUGGAUACUGUGCGCCUAGCACUCAACAGAUUUCACUGUGAGGUUAAUGAAUUGCAAAGCCGGACUUGAGUAACAGCUGUCUUCGCAGAUUUUCAAUGGUACAGUGUAAUUUAGCAGUCCAUAUCCCAGUGCAAACAGUAGCAGUGUCCUCAUAAAACUUCCUAACUGCUUCAGUGUAUCUCACACCUGAGUCUUAGCUGAGGAUCCAUUCGCCAAGUCAAUCUCACCAUUUAAAUGCAGCCUGGCCAUCUGCGUGCAUGCUGCUUCUUUGACUGUUUUUUUUUUUUACUCUCCCGAACACUGUAUUUCUUCUGUUUUCAUUUUCCCAACUUUAAGAUCAGAACUCUGUCUUUGAACUUCAUUAAUAUUUCUUACUUGAACUUUUGCACAUUUUCAGGAAAACCUCAGCUCAGAACUACUGUUUAACUCCUCUUGGUAGGAAUAAAAGAAAAAAAGGUACUGUUUUAAUGAAAGACCCCAAAUUUUAUUUAUAACUAAUUCAAUAGGUUAGUACCUUGGAAAGAACUGUGAAGGAGUUCCUUCAGACAGGAAGAAAGUUCUGUUCCUGUUCUAAUGAUUACCCUUUCUUAUUUGAAAAUAAAACCAAUUAGUGAGUAGUUCUGAGCAUCAAUAAUAAAAAACCAAAAAAUAAUAAUGAUAGUAGAUUUCUACAUCUCAUUGUCAGUUAACAUUUUAUGGUACUGUAUAUGAUUUAAUUUAUUGAGGAUUGUUAUUUAUGUUUUAUUGGAUAUUGUAUAAACUGUUUAAGCCUAUAAUCAUUGAUUUUUUUUGUUACGUCAGAAUCAAUAUAUCUUUUUGUGAUUACCUCUCUGAAUUAUUAUGUAAAAUAUCAAAGGAAAAGAUUGGAUUAAGACUCACAAAUAAAAUUUAAGGAACCUUAAAGCUUAGAUUGAGAUUUUUAAGAAUAGAAUUUAUGUUGUUGGUAUUUACCUGUACCAGACCACAGAGAAUAUAGUCUUGUUAACCAAAAUGUACAUUUCGAAGGUCUCAUGGAUGCUUUACUAACUCAUUGAAACAGAAUUUAUUGAGAAAAAUAUUCUGUGCAAAGCACCCAGGAUUUCACAUUUUCAAAUCAACCAUUGAUUAUGGACAACAUCAAUAUUUGUGUAAGUAACUGAAAAACUGUUAAGAAGGGGAAGGAAAGGAAAUUUUAGUGAAGAAAAAUUACUCAGGAAAAUUUUCCUUUUAAGAGUUCAUGUUUAAAAGGUUUAAAUAAUAGUCAACAUUCUUGUAUAAAAAAUUUAAUGACACUGAUUGUUUAAAAAAACAAAACAAAACAAAACAACUCGAUCAUUACUAACAUCAACCUGCUGACUGAACCUGGAAUUCGGGUUGUGUGUGAAUGUUUCAGUGUCUCAAACAAAUGGGUAUUUAAGUUAUGUAAAAUAUAAGUUUUGACACAAAUGUUUGUUUAUUUUUAUACUAUUUAAGAAUUGAAAUUUUUUUCUGAAAAUAAAAUUUGAUUGUUUCUAUAUGUCUUUGUCAUGUAGCAUUCUUUUCUCUAAAGCAUGAGCCCUAAACCAUAACCUUAUGUUCCCGAUCCAUUCUAUACUAAGCUAAGGGCUGGGGAGGUGGCUCAGGAGU